AUGGCCACCAGCCUCAGUCCAGACGAUCCCUGGCCGCCUAGCCCACUGUCCACACAGCAGACCACGCUGCUGCUGUUCUUGUCCCUGUUGGUCGCCGUGCACGUGGGCCAGCGGCUGCUGAGGCAGUGGCGGCGACAGCCCGCGUCCGCGCCGCCGGGGCCCUUCGCGUGGCCGCUGAUCGGAAACGCAGCAGCUGUGGGCCCGGCGCCGCACCUCUCGUUUGCGCGCCUGGCCCAGCGCUACGGCGACGUCUUCCAGAUCCGUCUGGGCAGCUGCCCCGUCGUUGUGCUGAACGGCGAGCGCGCCAUCCAUCAAGCCCUGGUGCAGCAGAGCGUAGCCUUCGCCGACCGGCCGCCCUUUGCCUCCUUCCGCGUGGUAUCGGACGGCCGCAGCCUGGCCUUUGGCAGGUACUCGGAGAACUGGAAGGUGCGCCGGCGCGCGGCCUACAGCACGGUGCGCGCCUUCUCCACGCGCCAGCCGCGCAGCCGCCGCGUCCUUGAGGGCCACGUGUUGGGCGAGGCGCGCGAGCUCGUGGCGCUGCUGGUUCGCGGCAGCGCGGGCGGUUCCUUCAUCGACCCGAGGCCGCUGACCUUGGUCGCCGUGGCCAACGUUAUCAGCGCCGUGUGCUUUGGCUGCCGCUACAGCCACGAUGACGCCGAGUUCCUCGGGCUGCUCAGCCACAACGAGGAUUUCGGGCGCACGGUGGGUGCGGGCAGCUUAGUGGACGUGUUGCCCUGGCUGCAGCGCUUCCCGAACCCCGUGCGCACCGCCUUCCGCCAAUUCGAGCAGCUCAACCGCAACUUCAGCAAUUUCGUUCUCGAUAAGUUCCUAAAACACCGGGAAAGCCUUCGGCCGGGGGCCGCUCCCCGCGAUAUGAUGGACGCUUUCAUCCUCUUGGCAGGAAAGGAGGCGACCAAGGGCUCGAGCGACAGCGGCGCGCGGCUGGACUUGGAGUAUGUGCCGUCCACUAUCACCGACAUCUUCGGCGCCAGCCAGGACACCCUCUCCACUGCGCUGCAAUGGCUGCUGCUCCUCUUCACCAGGUAUCCUGAAGUGCAGGCUCGAGUACAGGCAGAAUUGGAUCAAGUUGUGGGUAGAGAUCGUCUACCCUGUAUGGACGACCAGCCCAACCUGCCCUACAUCAUGGCCUUUAUUUAUGAAGCCAUGCGUUUCUCCAGCUUUGUGCCCAUCACCAUUCCUCACGCCACCACCACCAAUGCCUCUGUCCUGGGUUACCACAUCCCCAAGGACACGGUGGUUUUUGUUAACCAGUGGUCCAUGAAUCAUGACCCGGGGAAGUGGCCUAACCCUGAGGAGUUCAAUCCAGCCAGAUUCUUGGACAAGGACGGCUUCAUCGACAAGAACCUAGCCAGCAACGUGAUGAUUUUUUCAAUGGGCAGACGGCGGUGCAUUGGGGAGGAACUCUCCAAGGUGCAGCUAUUUCUCUUUUUCUCCAUCUUGGCUCACCAGUGCAAUUUCAGGGCCAACCCCGACGAGCCCUCGGAAAUGGAUUUCAGUUACGGCCUGACCAUUAAACCCAAGUCGUUUAAAAUCAAUGUCACUCUCAGGGAGUCUAUGGAGCUCCUUGACCGUGCUGUCCAAAAGUUUCAAGCUGAGGAAGAUUGCCAGUGAGAAGCCAGAGGCCAGCUAAAAUCUUAAAAGUGCAC